AUGGAACAGAGCGUACGUUUCUCUCGUGCGGCCCACCCAGUCCGCGAGAACCGGGCAGAUCGCCUCGACGGUACGGAGGCCGGCCGACGGGUCCGCCAAACGACGAGACCACGCCUCCAGCACGGACUGCCGAUAUUGGAGCCCCCGCGCUCCGGCUGCACUUGCGCUAGGGCGCGCCGCCUCGUAGGAGACUGUGAGCCUGCAAAACCUGAACAACCUCCUCAUCCGUGGGCGCCCGGCUCUCGCCUGCAAGUCGGCUGUUACGUGUGCGGUGAUGCGAGCCAUGUAGCUUCUGGGUGUUCCAUGCGCUACAAGAAGAAAAACGACACUGCUCCAGGUGCUGUGGCAGGUCCAACCAGAGACGUCAACGUGUGUUCCAGAGCUUCAGUGUGUUACAGAUAAGUGGUUUUGGCUUCCCCUUUAUGUUCCAUUCAGGGUCAGAAUGUAGUCUUA